AUCAUAAACUGUCACUUGUCAGACUCAAAUGUCAAAAUUCUGAUUGGCAAAUUCAACUACAUUGUAUGUAAAAAAAUGUUAUUAUAUAAAAAUAAGUAAAAUCUUUGUUAUGCACCGAGUAUGCCGGGCAUUUUUUUACGGCAAAACCACAUACCGGCAUAUCCAUGUGGUUCAGAAGUUUAUGCAGAUCCGUUUUCUUCGGUUUGCCGAUCGGCAUAACCUUCCUGGACACCGUAGGUUAUGUGGCCCGGGUCGAGGGGAUCUCGAUGCAACCAGCGCUCAACCCCGAAUCGAAGAACACAGACUACGUUUUCCUUUCGCGAUGGGCGGUAAGGGACUACACCGUGAACAGAGGUGACGUGAUAUCGUUGGUCUCGCCCAAAGACCCCAAUCAAAAGAUAAUCAAACGUGUGGUGGCUCUACAAGGCGACGUUGUCAGCACUUUGGGCUACAAGAACCAAUAUGUGAAGAUCCCAGAAGGCUACUGCUGGGUAGAAGGUGAUCACACAGGUCACACACUAGAUAGUAAUACAUUUGGUCCUGUGUCAUUAGGUUUAAUCAAUGCUAAAGCUAUGUGUAUAGUGUGGCCUCCUAGCAGAUGGCAAAGCCUAGAAGUUAAAUUGCCAGAAAAUAGAAAGCCAAUUAGCACUGCAACAUAGUACAAUUUAUGAUAUUAAAAGAUGGUGUAAGUGUAUUUAGUGAUAGAAUAUAUGAGUUAAAGAAUUUAAAGUAAAUAUUUGAAUUUUUACAGACAUAUGUACAUAGAUUUGAUGAUGUAUGAAUUUCUUAGGCCCUAUAAGCUUUUAAACAAUGUCCAACUCUAUAACAACAAACCUCGACAAACUCUAAAGAUCUCUUUCUACUAGUCUCUAAUAUUCUGUGUUGUGAUUCAUUUCCACUGUACUUAUAUUAAAUCGGCUAACUGUAUGAUAAGCAUUAAAUUAUAAAAUUGUUACACAGUAAGCUUUGCCACGUCUGUUAAUUUAUAAAACUUGUUCCUGUUAUAACAAAAUAGAUGAAUAAAAGUAUUGUUAAAGAAU